AAGAUCACGCACACUUCCUGCUUGUUCUCCCUCCGGGAAACGCAUGCGCAGGAAGGCGCUUCUCCUCCCCUGUUUCCCAGAGUGCUCUGCGCGGUGAAGAAGCGUCGGUCGCGGGCUGGAGGCAUUUUGUGUCCUGGAUAUCAGCAGCGAAAGAGAGAGAGAAAGAGAGCGAGAGCAAGAGAGAGACAGACAAGAUGGCGGCGGCGGCCGAAUGAAGCGCCAGGCGGCGGCGGCGGCAGCCGGAUCCGCUCGAGCUUCUCCCUCCCUUCCCAGCCCUCAGGGCUACCUUUCCUGACAGGGCAGAGAGAGCGCUGACAGCCGCGGAAGCGUGUGGAGGGGGACGUCCGCUUCCUUCAAAGGGGCCUGGUUGCGAACGGAGCCUCGGGGACCGGAGUCCUCCCUCCCUCCCCCCAUCCUACAUACUUCCCCCGUCCUCUUCUUCUUCUUCCUCCUCCCACCGACAGACCCCUCGAAAUCCUGGCUUUUUCGUAGCAGGAGCUCCUUGAGGAGAAACUCGGCAGUCGGGCGCUCGACGUGUGAAUAAGCCCCCCUCCCCGCUCGCUCUCUCCCUCGGUCGCCAUGGCGAGCAGCAGCGGCUCCAAGGCCGAGUUCAUCGUCGGGGGCAAAUACAAGCUGGUGCGGAAGAUCGGCUCGGGCUCUUUCGGGGACAUAUACUUGGCCAUCAAUAUCACCAACGGGGAGGAAGUAGCUGUGAAGUUGGAGUCUCAGAAGGCCAGACAUCCCCAGCUGCUAUAUGAAAGCAAACUAUACAAGAUUCUGCAAGGGGGAGUUGGCAUCCCUCACAUACGGUGGUAUGGUCAAGAGAAAGAUUAUAAUGUUCUAGUCAUGGAUCUUCUUGGACCGAGCCUUGAGGAUCUCUUCAACUUUUGUUCUCGAAGGUUCACAAUGAAAACAGUACUUAUGUUAGCAGACCAGAUGAUCAGUAGAAUUGAAUAUGUGCAUACAAAGAAUUUUAUACACAGAGACAUUAAACCAGAUAACUUCCUAAUGGGUAUCGGGCGUCACUGUAAUAAGUGUUUAGAAUCUCCAGUGGGGAAGAGGAAAAGAAGCAUGACUGUUAGUACUUCUCAGGACCCAUCUUUCUCAGGAUUAAACCAGUUAUUCCUUAUUGACUUUGGGUUGGCCAAAAAGUACCGGGACAACAGGACAAGGCAACAUAUACCAUACAGAGAAGACAAAAAUCUCACUGGCACAGCCAGAUACGCCAGCAUCAAUGCACAUCUCGGCAUUGAACAGAGUCGUCGCGAUGAUAUGGAGUCACUAGGAUAUGUAUUGAUGUACUUUAACAGAACCAGCCUGCCAUGGCAAGGACUAAAGGCUGCAACAAAGAAACAGAAAUAUGAAAAGAUUAGUGAAAAGAAGAUGUCUACUCCUGUUGAAGUUUUGUGUAAGGGUUUUCCUGCAGAAUUUGCAAUGUAUCUGAACUACUGUCGUGGCUUGCGCUUUGAAGAGGCUCCUGACUACAUGUAUCUGAGGCAGUUAUUCCGUAUCCUUUUCAGGACUCUGAAUCACCAAUAUGACUACACAUUUGACUGGACAAUGUUAAAGCAGAAAGCAGCACAGCAGGCAGCCUCUUCCAGUGGGCAGGGGCAGCAAGCCCAAACCCCCACAGGCAAGCAAACUGACAAAUCCAAGAGUAACAUGAAAGGUUAGUAGCCAAGAACCAAGUGACGUUACAGUCCAAAAAUAAUAAACACUAAUUUGGAUGUCGGUGGAGUUAAGUGUUAGAUCAAGGAGGCCAUUAAAAACAUACAUUUGGCUAUUUAGUAUUAAAGAAAACGGACGUCCUUGGAAAAUUUGACUACUAACUUUAAACCAAGUGUCCUUGUUUUUCAUAUCAUUUCUUUGGGGAUGUUGGGUCAUUUUAACCACUGCAUCUUCUGCUCCCGCAUUAACCCCUCUUCAAAACUGGCUUGGUGUUGGGAACAUGACAAACAGUAUGAUCCAAAAUCCUAGACCUAACACUUUUAAAGAGGAAAACCUUCUGUUUACUUUUUCUAUUGCGUCAGCAUUUAGAAGCUUGGGUAUGGGUACCUUUAUUCUUGCAUCCAAAAUGAAGAUGGAAAAACUAGGCAUGAUCUCACUUGGAGUUCUGCCUAAAGCACUUGUGUGAUGGAUUUUUAUUCCUCAACAUAGAUAGUGUUAAUUUUCCAUCUUCAAUUACAAAUCCAGACUUGGAUUAUCCUGUGGGGUGAACUAAUAAGGGGACUCUUUAAUUUAAAUUUAAUUUUAACUGUCCAUUACAUUAAGUUUUUGCUUUUAUUGAAAUGUGGAUUCAAAUGAAAAUGGAAUUUAAUAUGUUUUCAACACACCUCUUAAACCGGUUUUCUAUGAAGACCAAACCAUGGGAGAAAUUCUGUCCUAAGCUUAAUAAAUACAGCCCAGUACUGUAUAUCCCGGGCUUUUGUGGCUAUAGGUGAGCCACGUCCUCUAUCAGGUUGGCUUGUUACCCACAAAGGAGCUCACUCUGCUCCUUCCCAGAAUGGGGGUUCCAGUAUCUCUCAGGGGAUGCACAGGAUGGGGAAGAGCUGAGGCAGCUUCAUGAGGUGACGUCUACAGAAUAGCAAAUGGUGGAUGCCACAUCUGCAGUAAUUCAGGUUUAAAUGGAACCCAUUUUACAGCAGGAAGAUGGACCGUAAGAUAGCUAGGAGCUGAGCCUGCUGCCAACCUGUGAUGGGAAUGGAUAGGGUUAUACCUGUCAUGGGGACCAUCAUGCCAGUCCUUGAAUGAAGAGUCUGAAAAACAAUCCUAGUGGGGGGUGGGAUACACCUAUUCCAGAAAAGAAAGAAUGAGGUGGAGCUCACAAUGUGCUGAAGGAAAUACUGUAGUAGAAAAUCUCUCAAAUUUUAUUGCGCGCUGUACACAUUUGAAGCGUAGCCAUUCACUACUUGUCUUUUGAAUAAGGUGUUAAAGGGGGAAGGGGGGCAAUGAAGGUCUAUGAGUUAGUGAAGACUUCACUCUUCUUGAGAAGCAGAGUCUCCAAAAAUGCCAGAAACUGGGGUGUCUGAAGAGAAGAGAACCCUUCAGUGAAGCAAUUUGGGACAAGACUGAUGACUGUACCUACCUGUACUUAACGUGGAAUAAAGUGAACUUACCUGCUGAAAUUGGUUUGCAUCCUGGUAUCCGUGGGGCAGACAUGGUCAAAAGAUUAAUAGAGUGGAACAAAGAGGUCUGGGCCAAAGAGACUAUAAGUCUUCACAGAUUUUAGCAUCCAGUGCUUGGCUUUAGCAGACAAAUAACCUAUGUUUUACCAUAUUCAUCCACUGAGUUCACUUGAGUUGCCUUGUAAGUCCUAUUUUGUAGUCUCAGGUCCUUGAAUACUGCAAUUUGCUCAAUUCACAAAUGGUAAACAUUAUUAUUCUCACCAGCUGAACUUGAAUUACUAUUUUUCAUAAAAUGGAAAAAAUAAUCUGUCCAGUAAUAAGCCAAUGCUUCUGAAAAGUCUGCUUAAUCUUAAAGUAGAUAAUCUUGAUCAGUGCCUUUACAUGAGGAGAGGGAGACAGACAACAGAAAGCACUAAUUUCGCAUUUCUCCACCAAGUACAAAUAAUUCUAUAGGGCCAGAGGAAUGUGAGUUGAACAAAACUUGAGAUUGCUGGCUAUUUUGUUAUUCUGAGGUGGGGCAGAGGAGUGGAUGCAACACAGAGAAGAAACUCAAGGCAGGUAGGGAAAGGACAGCUUUGUUUGCUCUUCUUAGCAUCUAGGGUUGGUCACAAUUAGCUGUUACAUGACUUUCUGGCAAAUAGAAGGCUCUUACUGGAAAAUAAAUUCUUCCAGUGUUAAACAAAAUAAGCAGGGGGGGGGGGGAGAGGAGGCAUUAAAUGGAAACAGUGGGACAAAGAAGCAAGGCCUGGUUUUCAGAAUGAAAUGUAAGAAAUGCUUCUCAAGAAGAAAUGACUUCAAAUGAUGUGGACCUAUGUGAACACUCUGGAUCAACUGGUUAGUAAACAUUUUUGCACUUUUCUUAUUUAUUGUACCCAUAUAUUGCUGUGCUAAUAUAAGCAGAGCAUAUUGGGGUGGAUUAUUUUGGAGUUUCAAUGUACAAUUAAUUACUGAAUUUAUGGGAAAAUGUUAAUUGCACUGUAGCUGCUGCUGUAGGACUUCUGAUAUUAUUGAUUGUUCGGCAUAAGCAAAUAUUCUGGUUGAAGAUGGUGCAACACUUGUUAUGCCAUAGUGGGGGGGAAAUCACUAUUUAAUUUGCUUUUGGGAGGGCUGGCACAUUGUUAAAUAUGAGCUUUUAUUUGGCUUUUCCAUUGUAAAUAUUUUGAAGUGACAUCUACAGCAGACCAAGCCUCUGAAUAAGAAUUUAUGAAUGCAAACAUUGUUGUCCUAAAGGAUGGUCACAUCCCUUAUUCAUAGCAAACAUUCCUUGUUUUAGAGCACAACAGCUCCGCUUUAAGCAUAUCCCAGCUCUAUGGGUGUGUGUGUGUGUGUGUUUGUGUGUUUUAAAGAAUGGGUCUGGCAAAUUUUACAAUUAAAGCAAGUGUACUCAAUUACAGAAGUUGACUUUUCAUUGUUUUUGUUUCAGGGUCCAUAUAAGAGGUUAUAACUAUCCGUUUGCAACAUCUACAGCUUCAUAGUCAUCUGCUGGUGCCACCAAAACUAGCAGUGCUGCAACUUAAAUACAUACUGGACAAUAAACUGCAUGCUUCAAACAAGAUCUCUUCAUCCAAUUGGAACCAUGGAUAAUUUCAUAAUAGUAGUUGAUGAAAAAUGCUCUGUUUGUUAGUUCAACUAACCCUUUUGUGGGUGAUCAGAAUAAAAUCUUUAUUGGCACAGGUCA